UAAGAACUAUAGCUAAGGAAAAACCCGAAGCAGACGAUUUGAGAGAACAAAUGGAGGUUGAAACCGUGCAGACUAUAGUGGAGAUCUUGGUGGCCCUCGUCGUAAUAUUAACCCUGGGUUUAUUCUCUGUUAUAUUUUUCGAAGCUUAUCGAAGAAGGCACAACCACACUCACGUCGAAGCCCCGGCGAUCUUCGAGGAUCCCAAUUCGUUGAAACAGGUUCCUUGUCCUUCUGUUUUUAAUCCAGCGGAGAAGUACUUAUCUUUAAUUGUUCCUGCAUUCAAUGAAGAGCAUAGACUUCCUGAUGCUCUUGACGAAAUGAUGAAUUAUCUUCAACAUCGUGCGGCAAGGGAUAAAUCUUUUUCAUAUGAGGUGGUGAUUGUUGAUGACGGUAGUGCUGAUGGGACAAAAAGGGUGGCUUUUGAAUAUGUGAGGAAAUACAAUGUAGAUAAUGUGAGGGUUAUCCUUCUUGGCAGAAAUCAUGGCAAGGGAGAAGCUAUUAGAAAAGGAAUGCUUCAUUCACGUGGUGAAUUACUUCUAAUGCUGGAUGCUGAUGGAGCAACAAAGAUUAAUGACUUGGAAAAGCUUGAAAAUCAGAUCCUUUCAGUUGCCGGAAAAGAAAUUAAUUCUGGAGAUUCAGCAGCGAGCGAUUCAACUAUUAGAGUAGCUGAUGUCCCACUUGCUGCAUUUGGUUCUCGUGCUCAUCUUGAGGAGAAGGCCCUGGCUACACGGAAGUGGUACCGCAAUUUUUUAAUGAAGGGUUUCCAUCUCGUGGUUCUCUUGUCGGCUGGUCCUGGAAUUCGGGAUACACAGUGUGGUUUUAAAAUGUUUACAAGGAGUGCUGCAAGGAAACUUUUCAGUAAUAUUCGUUUGAGAAGGUGGUGCUUUGAUGUUGAGUUAGUGUUUCUAUGUAAACAUUUUGGCAUUCGGGUGCUUGAGAUAUCGGUGAACUGGUCUGAAAUUCCUGGAUCCAAGGUGAACCCAUUAAGCAUUCCCAACAUGCUGUGGGAGCUUAUAUUGAUGUCUGUUGGAUAUAGGACUGGUAUGUGGAGAAUCCGUACCUGAGCAAUCAUGUCCGAAUUCAAUUUCGCAGCAAGGGUUUCUAAUCCUGCUUUGCCUCCAUUUCACUGCAAGAGGAGAGAAAUGCGAUCUGUUAGGCACCCCAUCAUAGACCUGUCUUUGUCUUCAGAAGCUUCUGCUUUCAAUUGUCAACUAAUCCAAAUAUUUGACUCGCAUUAUUUGCUCAUGUACUUAGGUUUUGACCUUACAUUUUGCUUACUGGUUUUAGAGCAGAAUUACUUUAUUUAGAAGUCAAUCUCAAGUGAAAUACAUUUUGAAGAGAGAGAGAGA